UACUAUGUUAGAUUGACAGCCGAUGAGAACGCCCCCUGUACCAGUCAUAAAGAAAUCAUUAAAACCUUCCCGCACUGUUUAAAUUGUAUCUUGUGAAUCAACACGCUAACAGGACCUAGCUUUGGGUACAAACUAUUUUUUUAUUCGCACGGGAUCGGAACUUAUUUCUGACCGAGUGUCACCGAGUUAGAUCCGGGCAUUUGACGGAGCGCCGUAGUUCCGGACUGUCCGGUUCCUGGGGACCGCGGGUGGAUCGCUCGAAGAACGACAUAGCAGUAGUUGACCUAUUUGCGCCGCGGACAUGACUUGUGUUUUUGGCGAGGACUCUGGAAUGGUGGUAUUAUUCCGGGGGAUUUUAACAUUGUGAAUUCGACAGAAACUACAUUUCUUAAGAUGAUAUGCUCACUGGAAGCAUGGAAAUAUAUCUAUUCAUUGAUUUUCGUGUUAAAUUUAGGAGUGGUCUGUCAGACAACUUUCCGGUACACAGACACCCCACGAUUCCUGGACACAGGUCAAGGUUACAACGUCACAGUUCACAGGGGUCAGAAGGCGGAGCUAGCAUGUAAAGUGGAAAACAUCGGGCCCAAGGAGGUGGCUUGGGUAAAAAAACCAAACCCGUUUCCUAUCGCCAUUGAUACAGAAAUAUUUGAUCCAGCCAUGAAGAAUAUCAGAAUAAAUCAUGAAAGACAUUCCCAUAACUCUCAAUCCUGGAAUCUGGUCAUUGAGCAUGCGCAGCCCUCCGAUUCCGGUGUUUAUGAGUGUCAGGUGACAUCAAAGACACCACUCAGUUUUGACAUCAAUCUACACGUGUUAGAUUCACCACUUAUUUUGGAACCGUCCAUUGAUAUAGUGGAUGUCAAGGACAACAAGAUCGUCAACCUGUACGAUCCACUGACCUUGACCUGUAACUCCACCGGGUCACGUGGUCCCCCGGACGCUAUCGAUUGGUUCUUUGAAGGGAACCUCGUGACCAAUCGGGAUCAGCACUGGAAGGGCAGGAUUCUGAUAACCAAACGGGUCCAUGAGGAGCACCCUUUCUCUCUGCUUAGUGACCUUGUUAUCAGCCGGACGGAAAUGGGUGACCAGGGCCGCUACAUCUGUAGGAGCACCACCUACACCGACCCCACCAGCUCCAUGCCCACCAUUAGUGCCGAGGUCAUGAUCCUCAACACAAAGAAAACACAGAGGCGACGAGAUGAUGUAAGUAAACUCGAGCAGAAAGAAAGAUUUGUAGAAAAUUCAGGACCUCGUGUUGGUCCAGACAUUUUGACCUUCUUCAUGUUUGUGAUAGCGGGCUUAAUACAACUGGAAAAUGGGUAGUAAGGAAAAAAGAAGAAGCAAAUUUAUCCAAUCUAGUCACGUGAGCAUGAACCGGAAGCCAGAUAUUGGCGCGUAAUCAGUAAGUCGUCAUCAUUCUGGACCGUCUGACGUUAUCGAGCGUUAUUAAUGGCGAAUUAUGCCAUUAUCGACAAUGUUUUAUCAUUGGCCGGUAGAUUAAUGCAAAGUGUGUGAGGUUUUAUUACACUUAAAUCUAGUGAUUUGGCCGAGUGAUCAUUCAAAAUGGCGACAGAGGCGAUUGACUUGUCUGGGAAGACAUUCAAUUUUUCCACAUUUGUCGCACUGUGUGGUAAAAUAUAAUCAAACAUGAAAGAAACGAUUAAUGGUUGUGAAAUGAAAAGAACUCCCACCGGCUAUAUGUUAUACCGGCCAAUUACAACGGUUACACGCUGUCGGAAUUGGCGACUUCGGCAAAAAUCGAGAGAUUUACCUUCCAUUAUCAUCUUAUUGUUCUGUAUCAUCAUAUUUUAUUCCAAAUAGAAGCAUAAUCAUCGUAUGACAGUGAUGUAGCCGGCAUUGCUAUUGAUAAUCAGUGUUGUAUAAAUCGUCCUAUUCUCUUAGUCGACAUCGUGAACUGAACAAUACUUUAACUCUUUUUUGUUCUUGUAUGUUUAACUUAUUUCGUUAUAUCUACUUAUUUUUAUUGUAUUGAUACAUAAAAUUGUUAUAACUGAC